AUGCACUACUUGUCGUCAUUAUUUUUCUUUACUAUAAUUUUAAUCUUAGCAUUGUCUGCCAUACAAAUAAAUGCUAAGCCUACACAAAAACCGGCGGCAGCAGCAGCAUCAACAACAGUAGCGCCACUUAAAUCAACAAGUAAAGCUGCUACUACUACUAUAAAACCACAUGGAAAAGUACCAGCUGCUAAGCCUGCUGUUAAAGUUGAUAAGAAAAAGAAGAAACCCGAAAAAAAAAGUGAAAUAGCUAAGUCAAAUUCAUGGGCAGUACCCAAUGCAGCUCAAAAGAAAGUAUUUAAUGAUUACAAAGCUAUUUUACGAGCGCAACUUCUUGCUCGAAAACAUGAUAUAUCUGCGACUUAUGUAUUAGAACCAGCUAAAUAUGGUUCCCAAGAGGCCGAUAAAACAAUUUUACAUCAUUAUUUAAUCAAAUUACCAGAUUCAAAAUAUGCUCAUGCUAUUAUCGCUACAAACAAAGAUCCAAAGAAACCCACACAAGUCAGUGAAAAUAAUGCUUCAAUUCGUCGUACAGUUUAUGAUAAUCUUGCAGCAGCUGAAGUCUGA